AUGAAAUUCAUUCUUACAUACUAUUUUAUAUUUUCUUUGUUUAUAAUUUUAUGUGUAGUAGAUAAAGCAAUAUCAAAAGGACUAUCAGAUAAUUCUCAAAAUAAAGAAAAUCAAAAUGAUAACAAAAAUAAUUUAAAUUCUAUUAAUGAUUUAAAUAAAUAUGAUACUUCCACAAAUGAGAAUAAAUCGAAUAAGAAAAAUAAGAAAAAAAAAGGAACACGUAAGAAUUUAGAAGAUAAUUUAAGUGGAUUUAUAAAUGAAACAAAAGAUAAUUUAGAUGAAGAUAAUUUUAAUGAGGAAUAUCUCAAGUUAGAAAAAAAAUUUCAAGAUAGCAUAGAAGAAAGUAAAAAUGAAAGAAAAUUUCCUAGUUCAGAUAAUAAUUUAAAUGAAAAAAAUAAUAAAAUGAAACCAGAUAUUGAAGAUUUCCAUUAUUAUAAUGAUAUUGAAGAAGAAAUGGAAAGUGAGGAUGACUUAACCAACAUUUGGAAUAAAAAUAUGCAAAAUUUUGAACCAUCUACUUUAUUAACUUUUGAGAUAGCUGGUAAUUCGGAAGAAUAUUUAUUUGAAGAAGUAAAUAAAAUAGAUACUUAUUUUAGGGGGGUUUUUUAUUCUAAUAAUGAAUCCGAUGAUAAUAUUAUUGAGCUUUUGAUAUCCGAUCCAGAUGGUAAUAUUGUAUAUAAAAAAGAAGCUAGUGAGGGUAUUUUCUUUUUUUAUACAAAAAAAAUUGGUGUAUAUACUCUAACACUAAAAAAUAAUAAAUGGAUAGGUAAGAAGUUAACUACUGUUGCUAUAGGAUUAGGAGAAAAUCCAUCUUUAAGUUCUGAUUAUGUAAAAGACUUUACAAACUAUAUUCAAGAAAUUGUUCAUGAAACGAAAAAAUUAAAAAAUGAGAUAAAAUAUUUAUCAUCUAAACAUAUGAUACACAUAGAAAAAAUGAAGAAAAUUACAAAUAAGGCUUUUAUAUAUUGUUUUAUUAAAUUAUUUGUACUUAUAUUUUUAUCUCUUUUUACUAUAUAUUAUAUUAAAAAUUUAGUAUCAAAUAAACGUGUUCUUUGA